AUGGUUGUCGAUUUCACACGAUUAAACUUUGACAUUGCAGUAUAUUAUAUGGUCAAUGUCGGCUGCCUUGUCAAUCGUCGUAUGGAGCUCAAGAAGCAGGGUAAACUUGAAGAAGAACUGGCGCGUUUGACGGGCACCUUCAUGAAGAGUGAUAUGCAGGGUGCUCACGCAGAAACAGCCACCACACCUACGCCAAUGCCUCCAACGGAACAACCCGGAAGAGAUACAACCACUGGUGACGCAUAG